AUGGCUGCCAAAAAAGAUGACUUUUCAGUCAAGAAAAUCUCUCCAAAGCUCGGUGGAGAAAGAGGAACUCGAAACCCUAACGGCCCAACUUCUUCACACGACCUCGUCGAACAAAUGGAGUUCCUUUACGUAGAAGUAAUCAAAGCCAUCAAAAACUCCUUCGUGGCAAACACAUGUAACCCCAUCGUGGAAAUCACUCUCGGAAACUACAAAUCAUCCACCAAAACUCUAACACUUGGACCAAACGGGGAGUGGAACCAAGUAUUCGCUUUCGACAAAACAAAAGGCGAUGUCUUGUCGGUUACGCUAAAAGAUGGUCGACGGGGGGAGAACGGUACCGUGAUCGGCAAGCAAAACUUUAAGGUGGCCGCUGAUAUUCCGUUUAGGGUUCCUCCCGAUGCGAGAAUCGCGCCACAGUGGUACUCAAUGGGCAGCAUGGAACUGAUGAUGUCGGUUUGGUUCGGCACGCAAGCCGACGAGGUCUAUCCACGAGCAUGGUUCUCGGACGCAUCUGACGUCAGUGCUAGUUGCGUGGCCAACACGCGACCUAAACUUUACCUAGCUCCGAGGCUCUGUUACGUUAGGCUGACGAUCGUUUCGGGUCACGAUUUGAGAUCAAACGAUGUAAACCGGACGCCUUCGGUGGUUUACGUGAGAGCGGUUCUCGGUGGUGUCGAACUAUACACAGAGGUUUCUUCCGGUUCCAACCCGUCGUGGAACCAAGAUCUCAUCUUCGUCGCGUCGGAGCCGUUAGACGAAACUGUCUACAUAAGCCUAUUCGACAGAGUGAAUGAUCAACAACACAAGCCCGAGUGCAUAGGGAUGUUACAGAAGAAGCUCUCUGAGAUGACCGCGGUCAAAGUCCCUGGAUCCGCACCAGCAUUGUUCUACGACAUCGAACCGCCGGUUAAGGUGGAAUCCACAUUAACCGGCGGUUCGAGGCGGUUUGCUAGCAGAAUCAAGAUGAAACUUGCCACUGAUCAAGCGUACCAUGUUUUCGACGAAUGCAUCCAAUACUCCAGCGAUUACCGAGCUUUCGCCAAAGGGCUAUGGCCCGAUCUGCUCGGGAAGCUAGAGAUUGGGAUCUUGGGCGCGACCGGUUUAGCUACGAUGAAAGAGUGGAGAGAUGGGAGGAGGAGUACCGAUGCUUACGUUGUGGCUAAGUACGGGAACAAAUGGGCUAGGACUCGAACCGUGGUCGGUAGCUUUUCACCGAAGUGGAACGAACAGUACUCGUGGGAUGUUUACGAGAAAUGUACCACCGUUACGUUCGGAAUCUUCGAUAACCGUCACCUCGUUGCUGCGUCUAGUGACGAUCGCGUGAGUGAUGGUCUGAUUGGGAAAGUGAGGAUUCCGCUGACGUGGCUAGAGUGGGACAGGGUGUACACUUGUUCGUUUCCGAUUCUUGUUCUAAGGGAAGAUGGGUUAAAGAAAAUGGGCGAGCUUCAGCUCGCGAUUCGUUGCCUUUGUCUAGCGACCCCGUACGUGCGAGCCACGUCUCCUUUCAGAUGGAUGCUACCGAAGGCACACUACAAAUCUCCGCUCUCGAUGGUUCAGACCGAGGAUCUGCGGACGCAGGCUGUUUGUUUGAACUGUUUGAAUCUGGCGAGGAUGGACCCGCCGUUGAGAAACGACGUCGUUUUGGAGAUGUUGAGGCCGGCGAAUAAGAGUUUCGGUAUGAGGACAACCAAGGCUAACUGGGAGAGGAUUCUUAGAGUCGUCGCUAAGAUGUUUAAUUGGUGUGUUUGGGUGAACGAAACUGUUAGAUCCACGACGGAUUUUCGUCCGAAAAUCAUUACGUGUGUCGCAAGUUUAGCGGUUCUGUUCGGUUGGUGGUACUGGAUCUUGUGUCUCGCGGUUUGGCCUGUGGUUCCGGUUUAUCUUGCGGUUAUAUCUCUUCUGGAGAUGUUCAGAUACUCGAGGGAGUGGUUCAACAGGUUGGUGCUUGGAGUCGACGCUCAUCCUCCUCCUCCUCCUUUGGUUCCCGUCGAUCUGAACCUCUGGGGCCUCGACUCGCCAGACCUAGACGAGUUAGAUGAAGAGUUCGACACGUUUCCGUCGUCGGUGGUCGAUGUGGACGUUCUUAGGAUGAGGUACGAUAGGUUGAGGAGGGAGGUGGGGGAGAAAGUGAUGUUACUACUCGGUGAUGUCGCUUCGCAAUGCGAACGGCUUGUCGCGCUCUCGUCGUUGUUUGUUGACGGUCCGCUGGCUUGGAUUUGUUUCUCGUUUGUCUGUUAUGUGAUGGUGGUCUUUGUCUACGUGUUUUGGGAUCACGUGGUUCUGUUUCAGAAGUUUGUGUUUGUCUGGUUUGUUGUCCGUUGGGUUAACUUCCAGUGCUUUCGCAACGAUUUGCCUAGUGGUAUCAGCAACUUCUUUAGAAGAUUGCCCACCAAUGAAGGUCCCAUGUUCUGAAUGAAGGUGUUCUAAUAAUGGAAAUUUUUAGUUCCAAAAUCUUUCUAUGUUAUCUAUUUAUUUUAAUUUAUCAGACUCUGAUCUAUCUGUUGGAACAUGACAUGAUUUAGUAUUUGUACUUUGGAUUAAUCACAUACAGAGAUAUUAUGAAGUGGUUGUAAACCUUGUCUCAGUUAAUAAACUGGGAUAAUUUCAUAAUUUUGUAUGCCCUAAUAAUUUAAC